GGCUGUUAAGGUUAUAGUUUUAUCCGCCUUUUUUUUUUCUCAUGAAAUAUUCUCACCAUUUUUUUUUCUUUUCCUUUCGUACUUUUUCUUACUUAGCUAACAUGUUAUCAAGGAGAUUUUAUUCAACUACUGCGAGGAAACUCAUUACUCCUUUAACUAGUGUUAAGCAUCCAAGCUUACAACGAGGUCCCUAUAAAAAACUUGAUACCAAAGAUCUUGAAUAUUUUAGUCAAAUUCUUUCUCCACAACAAAUAGUUACUGAAACUGAGCCAUAUAAUAUUGAUUUUUUCAAUUUAUACCGAGGCAGUUCAAAAUUAUGUAUAUUUCCUACAACAGUUCAACAAGUAUCAUCUAUUCUCAAAUAUUGUAAUGAUCAACGAUUAGCAGUGGUACCACAAGGAGGCAAUACAGGAGUAAGUGGAGGAGCUAUUCCUGUAUUUGAUGAAAUUAUUAUCAAUACAUCAAAGAUGAACAAGAUUCGAUCAUUUGAUCCAGUGUCAGGUAUCGUGAUAGCUGAUGCAGGUGUGAUAUUGGAAGAAUUGGAUCAAGCAAUUGAACCUCAUGGGUUUACUGUACCAUUAGAUUUGGGAGCCAAAGGAUCUUGUCAAUUAGGUGGAAAUGUAUCGACAAAUGCAGGUGGAUUAAGAUUAAUGAGAUUUGGUAAUUUACAUGGAAAUGUCCUUGGUUUAGAAGUGGUACUUCCUGAUGGAACCAUUAUGGAUGGAUUAUCUAGUUUACGAAAAGAUAAUACAGGAUAUGAUUUAAAACAAUUGUUUAUUGGUGCUGAAGGAACAUUAGGAAUGGUUACUGGAGUAUGUUUACUUACUCCUAAAAGAGCCAAAUCUAUUAAUGUGGCCAUGCUUGCUAUGGAUUCUUUUGAUCAAGUUCAAUCAGCUUUUGUAGCGGCAAAAAGAGAUCUUUGUGAAAUUUUAUCAGCCUUUGAGUUUUGGGAUCAUGAUUCAGUAGAACUUGUACAAAAUACCAUACUUCAAGAUCAAAUAUUUCCAAUGAAAGGCAAGAUUAGUCCAUUUUAUGCAUUGAUAGAGACACAAGGAAGUCGAGAAGAUCAUGAUAUGGAAAAAUUAGAUCAAUAUUUAGGACAAUUGAUGGAAAAAGGAGUGAUUCAAAAUGGAGUAUUAGCACAAGAUACAACACAAAUUAAAAGUUUAUGGCAAUGGAGAGAAAAGAUUCCAGAAGCUAUUACAGUAUCUGGUACAGCCAUGACAUAUGAUGUAUCAAUGAAUAUCCGAUUGUUUCCGCAAAUGAUGCAAGAUGUAAAAACACAUUUUGAAUCAAAAGGAUUAUUGGGAUCACGAUAUACAAAUAUACUUGGAUUUGGUCAUGUUGGUGAUGGAAAUUUACAUAUUAUGGCUAAUAUGCAUGGAUUUGAUCAAAAAGAACAAGAAGAAUUUGAUGAUUAUAUAUUUAAUUGGACAAUUAAACAUAAAGGUUCUUUAUCUGCUGAACAUGGUGUUGGUAUUCAUAAAGUAGAUUAUAUGAUUAAAAGUAAAAAUCCAAUACAAUUACAAUUGAUGCAUAAGAUUAAAUCUACUUUGGAUAAGAAAGGAAUUAUGAAUCCUUAUAAAGUCUUACCAUAAAUAAAUUUUUUACCAUUUUUAUCAAAAUAAAAAGCUAUUCGUUCAAUAUCUUCAAC